AUGCCUCUUUAUAAACCACCCAAUGUCAACGCCCCGGUCCUGUCCCAGUUCUCACUGGAAGGCAAAAUCGUCGCCGUAACAGGCGGCGCACGUGGAAUCGGCCUUGAGGUCGUACGUGGAAUGGCCGAAGCUGGCGCAGACGUUGCCCUUCUAUACACAGCCAGCACCGAUGCCUCUGAGUCCGCGGCAAAGAUCGCCGCGGAGACCGGUCGCCGUAUCCAAGCUUUCCAGUCCGAUGUGACCAGUCGCAGUGAGAUAGACGCCACUCUAAACAAGGUCGCCAAUGAGUUCGGAAACGGUCGCCUGGAUGUCGUCGUCGCAAAUGCGGGAACUUGCACCAAUCGGCCAAGUCUGGAAUAUGACGAGGAAAGUUGGGCUCGAGAUAAUCGUGUCAACUAUGACGGCGUGAUGUGGACUGCUCAAGCAGCGGGAAAGAUCUUCAAGCGUCAGGGCAAAGGUAAUCUUAUAAUUACGGCCUCUGUCAGUGCUAUCCUGGUCAAUAUCCCCCAGACACAGUGCGCGUAUAAUGCCUCGAAGGCAGCGGCCGUGCAUUUAGCCAAGAGCUUGGCUGUUGAGUGGACGGAAUUUGCGAGAGUCAACUGUAUCUCGCCUGGUUUCAUCAUGACGGAGAUGCUUACCCAGCAGCCAAAGGAGCUUUUUGAUAAGUGGCUAUCCAUGGUGCCCGGAGGUCGUAUUUGUGAUCCAGCUGAAUUAAAAUCGGCCUAUGUUUUUCUUGCUAGCGAUGCCUGUUGCUACAUGACCGGCGCAAAUAUGGUUAUUGACGGUGGCUACACUCUGCCCUGA